GCCCGUAAGGGGGCAGCCCGGUCCCCACUGUGCCGUGGGGUGCCGGGAUCCCGGACGCCUGGGUUCUCUCCCGGCUCUGGGAGGGGAGCGGGGACUAGUGGGUACAAGAAGGCCCCGGCCAGGCUGUGCAGCGUGUGUGUCACACUAAGAGAUGGCUCGGGCUGUAUUUGUUGCUUGGCUGUGUGUGUGUGUGUGUGUGUGUGUGUGUGUGUGUGUGUGUUAGUGUUACAGGGGAUCACACCCCGGCUGCUCUGUAAUGUGUGUGUUAGAGGAGAACUGUGUGUGUAUGAGGGGUACUGGAGCUCACACUUGGCUGUAGUGUGUAUGUGUGUUGGGGGGGCUGAGCAGUAUGUGUGUUAUGUGUGUGUUACAGGCGCUCCCUCCCAGCUGUGUAACCUGUGUGUGUUUCAGGAGCUCACCCCCAUGUCCCUGCCCAGUGCCAUGGGGAGGGCAGCUGCCCCAUACAGGUGCCGUGUUCUGACCUCGGUACUGGCGCUGAAGGAGCUGGUGCCCAGGCUGGCUGCCCCUUCCUCCUCCUCAUCAUGCCGGGCCCUGCACACCUCAGGUGCCACCCCCGCCGGCCACAACAAAUGGUCCAAGGUCAAGCACAUCAAGGGCCCUCGGGAUGCCGAGCGCAGCCGGCUCUUCCAGAAGCUCACCAUGCUGCUGCGCUUUGCUGUGAAAGAGGGGGGACCCAACCCUGAUGUCAACGCCAGCCUGGCCAACAUCAUCGAGCAGUGCCGGAGCAAGAGCAUGCCCAAAGCAUCCAUUGAGGCUGCCAUCAAGGGAGGGGACAAAGGGAAGAGCUCCUCGUACCUGCUCUACGAAGCCAGAGGCCCUGGGGGAUCUGCGCUGCUCAUUGAGGUGCUGACGGACAAUGCAAAACGAGCCUACCAGGAUAUCCGGCUCAUCCUGAGCCGAAAUGGGGCGCAGAUGUCCGAUGGGGCCCGGCACAGCUUUGACAAGAAGGGGGUGAUCACGGUCAGCGGGCAGGACUGUCAGCAGAGGCCAGUGGCCCUGGAGCAGGCCCUGGAGCUGGCAAUCGAGGCCGGGGCCCAGGAUGUGUGGGAAGAAGAUGAGGAGGAGGAGCGAGCCGUUCUGAAGUUUGUGUGUGAGGUGCCAUCACUGCACCAGGUGCGGGAGAAGCUGGACUCGCUGGGGCUACAGUCACUCUCCACUGCCCUGGAGUUCAUCCCCAAUACCAGGGUGCGGCUGUCAGAGGAGGAGAUGGAGCGGGCAUCCCAGCUGCUGGCCACGCUGGGCGACUGCCAGGAGGUGAUCCGGGUCUACGACAACAUCGAGUAGGGGCCAGCGCAGUGGGGUAGCAGAUGGAGAUCCGCCCAGAUAGACGGUGACAAGUAAUAUCGUUCCCGGCUUGGCCUAGUCGUGGCCUAAGAUCAGCCCAUAUGGAGGGCAGUGGGUGCAUGGUUGACAGCUCAGCUUGAGAUCCUCCCGUAUGGACGGCAACCGGUGUGUGGUUCGCAGCUUGGCCUAGUCCCUUGGAUCAGGAGCCCAUGGGGCAAUCAGUUCAGGACUCUGCCUCAUCCUGCCCUGGGAUUGGACUCCUGAGCUACACGUGGUUUAGGGCUCAGCCCAAGAUCGGGCUUAAUUUGAGAUUUCUUCCCAGGGUGAACCAUCCCUAUCGCUUUCGGGCCAUUAGUAAUAGGUGCAGCUCUCCAGGUUUCAGCACUGGGUGCAAUCUAGCGGCACUGUCAGUGCAGAAGCCCUCGCUCCUGAGGAUGGGGUGUGUUCUCUGAGGCACCUUAUGGCUCCUAACUUCGUCCCCUGGGAUUCGUGACCUGAACGCCUCAGCUCCCCUCUUGAAUCUGAUCCCGCAGGCCUUCUGCAGUAAGGCUUCCCUGCGUGAUGCUCUGGCACGUCCCCCUCCCCCUGCCUCUCUCCCACUGUGAUAGGUGGAGGGAGCUUCCUCCGCACCCGUACAGCACCGAAUGCUCCGUGGAUAAAGAGUAACACUGUGCCAAGGCUAUGACAACCUAUGGACUUAACACCUCCCUGUUGUGUGACCCCAUAUUCAGCACCCCCAGCAGGAGAACAAUAGGGAGUGCACCCCACCCUCCAUAUGUACUGUCUGAGGAGGGCGGCCGUUCCCUUACACUGCUUAAUAAAUGGUUUGUUUGUCAGUG